AGAAGUCUCUGAAUAUUUAUUUUGAAACAGCUUGGAAAAUUUGCUGACUUAAAAAAAACUAUCUAAAAAGUCCUAUAAGUGGCUUGUUUCAUGGCAGAAAAUUGCAAAAACUUCUGGAACAGUAUUUUAUUAAUUUUAUUUAUUUAUUCAUUCAUUCAUUUAUAAAUGCACUUAUGUUCAAGUUGUUUUGCAACCCAGAAGGUCUGAGUGAGAACUGUGAAGCAUGUGUGGUGCUUUUAUUUUAUUUUUCUUGUGUGUGAACUGCUCCCCAAUAACUGGCAGGGACUUCAGGGUAAAUCUGGCCAACAUGUGAAUGCAGCACCUCCAUUCCAGAGGAGAUGUGUCUUAAAGGGCUUUAAAAGCCUCCUGUGAAAAACCUCCUGCAAUCAAACUUGACUGAAUUUGUUCAGAAUUCUGGGAAAACAAACAUAGGCUCACCCUGCAUGGUUGAAAGUCUCCUUUGCUAAUCUGCAGCGAGGGGCCCAUUUUAAUAAUUCAUCUUUCUAGUGUGUUCUAGGCAUUAAAAGUAAUACAAAUGUAUAGUACUCAAUGUAUAUCACUAUAUAUUGUGAUGUGUGUGUGUGUAUUCAGUGAAAUGUAUUUGCAGGCAGCAUACUUAUUUUGGAAUAUCAGACUUAAAUCCUUGGGGGCCUGGGGUGUGCGGAGGCCCUGGACUUUGUGGGGGGGGCCCAUUUUAAAAUCUUGUCUCUGGGCCCACUCCAACCUUGCUACGCCCCUGAACCUAUAGUGGGCAUUUCGACUCCUGGCGCCCACAGAGCCCUGUAGUUUUCUUUUGGUAGAAUACAGGAGGGGCUUACCAUUGCCUCCUCCUGUGCAGUAUGAGACGAUGCCUUUCAGCACCUUCCUAUAUCACUGCUGCCCGAUAUAGUACCAGUGGAGAUUCGAACCGACAACCUUCUGCUUGUUAGUCAAGCAUUCCCCACUGCGCCACUUAAGGUGACUGAUAAAACAAUAUACUGGAGAGUAAUUGCAGUGCUGUUGGUGGCAGCAGCAGCCAGAGGGGCAGGAAGUGAAGGAUACAUACCAGCUGACAGAAUGUCAGCAAGACAUUAAGCAAAAGCACUUCCAACAACAACAACAUGUGGUUUUAAAACAGUGGCAAAAAUAAUAGCUAUAAGCGAGCAAUAGCUAGAAUGCUCCUGGUCUAUCCCCUAAAAAUGUAAGAGUAGCAUCCUUGGGAGGAUUCAUCCAUCCACUGUGGGGCCAUGAGCUGCCGUGGUGGGUCUUUGGGGAGGCCAAAUAGGUGGUCCCUUAGUCCAAGGUUCCUUUUGAUGUGCAGCUGGGUGCAUUCUAUGCAGUGCAUUUUUUUAAAAAAUGUGCAGUGGAAACUAAGAUGUUGUGCAGUUGGGCCUAAGGAGUUUAAUAAGGACAUACUGUAGGUUGUUUCCGAAGAUGUAACUGGGUGGGGUAGGGCAAGAUAUUGAAUAUUGUUUGUUUUCCAUUUCAUAACCUUAUACAAAAAGAACAUUACAGCCUUCUGUUUCUCUCGCACAUUCUUUGUGAGGCACCAUCAUUUUUCUUGCUUCCCCUCUUUCUUUGUCCUUCUCAUUUCCCCCUCCUUCCCUCUCUGUCACUUUCUAUUCAUUUGCCUUUUCCCUUCUGUUAGCAAAUGCUGAAGGAAGGGGAUGCUUGUGGAUAGGGGCGGGCUGCAGCCACUGCUAGUGCAGGUUUAUAAUAAGCCUGCAUAAGUCCUCUGUAACAUCUGAGUCCUCUGUAACUCAUGAAAGAGUGCAAAGGCAACAGCCACACCCAUUGCAUGUCCCCAGCAUCUGGGAUUCAGCCUGUGCACCUGGAGGUUCUCUAUAGCCAUCCUGACUAAUCGCCACAGAGGGGCCUCUCCUCCUCCAUGAAUGUUUCUAACCCCCUUUCAAACCCAUCUAAGCCAGGGAUCAUCACCACACCUAGUUCCACAAGUUAAUUGGCUUUCUUUUUUGUGUAUUCUGAACGGAGACAGGCCUUAGUGCUAAAUGUGAUGUAGAGGGAUUUCCUAGCUAAGGGACUUCAGCAAGUGAUUAGGUGGAAAACAUGUGGGGAGCAGGGAGGGCAGGACAGGGGUGACUCUCCCCUGGUGCUUUGACACUUUGAGCUGACAACCAAGACAGUGUUUGGAUUCAAAGCACAACCAGCAUGGCCAGUAACUGAUCUUGCGAUCUCACAACCAGCCACAGAAUUCUGCCGUCAUGGUUCCCCUUGGAGACCUGCGAGGAUUCUGCAGGAGGCUCACCUGGCAGCAUUCUAGAUAAGCUGCAGCAUCUUUGAUAAGUUGGCUGUCUUUGGCUGUCAGUUUAUCAUCAGCUUAUCAUCUUAGCUGUCAGGAUGCUUGGCUGCUGGUCGUGGGUGAACUGUAGGUAAGUCUCCGGCAUGAUGGGGAAGCAAAAUCUAAUGGCUGCCUGGACUUGGUUUUUAAAGAUGCCCUUCCAUAGUUUUACAUGCCAUUGCGCUCCCUAUGUGAACUUUAGUGGUCACAAGUUCACCACCGGUAUUCACACCACACAGCUUCUCCUUGAAAUGCAGGUGGCCCUCGAAGGUCACUUGCUGGGCUGAUUUCCACUGUAUUUCUUAAGCUUACAGGUCCUAGACCUGUGAAACUGUAGCACCCAGGAGCUACUGGCUGGCCCCUGUGGGCCCACUUGGGGCUUUUGGGGGGGGGAUCCUGCCCACCAGUUGAAGCUGACUUCAAAAGCUGCCCCCCAAACCCCCAUGUUAUUUCCAAGAACCUGCCUAACCUUUUCUUCUUUCAUGUUCCCAUAGGUCUCACCCAGAGGCAGAACCAAAGGAUGAAGAUGAAGAGGGGGCAGAGACUGGUAAGUGGAUGACGAGAGUGCAUGCUUCUUCUCAGGGCUCCUCAACCCCCCAGGGAGUGUCUCCUUGGAGACCUGUUUCACUUUGACAAUGGAGAGAGAUAGGCAGACGUCCAUCUGAUGGAUGAAUGGCAGGAGGGCAGGUUCAUCCACCUCUAGCCUUUGCUGCUGGCACUUGUUGCAGCCAAAAGUGUUGGAGGAGACCAGGCAAGUCACAUCUGGGUACCCUCCCUUCUAGGAGGAGAUGAGGAAAGGGCUGUGGCAGCAGGCAGGCAGGUUUGGUAAUUCUCCCUUGGAGGUGGUGCACUUCUGGAAAAGCCCUGCAAGAACCUUUUGCCCACACCCAGCCCCAAGACAUCCUCUGGGCCUUGUUCCCCCUGCCUUGGAGAAGAGGAAGCUAAAGAAUGCUGGUGUCUUGUUUCCAAAGCAUCUCUUUUUUUUUACAAUUACAUGGGUCAAGAUGGAAAUGGAGGAUCACCUGCAAACAAGGGCAACAUUUCCUGGCCAAUGAGCUCUGAGAUCAGUCCAAAGAGACUCUUUCUUUCUCUGAUCCCAGUUUUCUGCCCCUCGGAGCUGGGCCUGCAUUCCUCAGAUCAUAGCUAUGCUUCCUGCUUAUGGUGUCCAGGCAGAUUUUCAAGCCCCACCCCUACCCCCGCACAUAGGUCAAAAGGCUGUAACUGGGGGUUGCUGCUUCAGCCAGAGAGCAAAUGCGUUUAGUCCAUGUGAAACAUCAGCUCCCACUCUGUUCAAAGGAGAAGCCUCUUUCCUCACAGGUAUGAGGAAAGAGGGCCCAUAGUCCAGUAGUGGAACAAGUGCUUUGCAUGCACAAGGUCUUGGGUUGAGUCUUCUUCAUCUUCUGUUAAAGGAUUUUAGCUAGCUAGGAAAAGGCUUCUGCCCAAGAGUGGCUGUCAGCCAGAAUAGGGCAAAGUGAGCCAGGGGUAUGACUUGGUAGAAGGCAGCUGCAUUGGUAUGUUCAGCAGAUAGAUCCUGGCCAUUGCACUCCCUUCUGAAGCGUAGUUGGUGAGGGCUAUCUUGCCAGUGCUAUGCAAUGUAUUCCUCUUCAUCCCUUGCUUGUUUCCUUGGGUGGACCACCUCACCCACAAUCCCAGGAUGCACUGGUUAACCUAGGCAGAAAGGGGAGGCAAUUUCUAUCAGGGCUAUGGGCCAUCCUCAUUUCCAGAUUCCUGCUUUAUUUCCUCUCUUUCAGGUCAUCCCAGAAAUCUGACCCAUGUUGCUCCAUGUCCUGGGGGACCCAUGUUGCACCAUGUUCUGGGGGACCCUCUGGGGGAAGAGCCCAAUGAGGCAAACUUGGUGCCAGGACCCCUUCCAGGACUUCAUGUCCCCACUAACAUUCUGGGGAAAGAGCUCAAUGAGGAAACCUCAAUGCUAGGAUCCCUUCCAGAACCUCGCGUCCCCACAGAUAUUCUGGAGGAAGAGCUCAAUGAGGAAACGUCGAUGCCAGGAUCCCUUCCAGAACCUCACGUCCCCACUGAUAUUCUGGAGCAAGAGCUCAAUGAGGAAAUGUCAGUGCCAAGAUCCCUUCCAGAAGCUCGCAUCCACAUUGAUAUUCUGGAGGGAGAACUCAAUGAGGCAACUUCAGUGCCAGGAUCCCUUCCAGCUUCUCAUGGUGAGCAGUGUGGGCAAGUGAUGGCGCGUGUGGUAGUAUGCCAGCAUUUGCGGCUGACCACUUGUUGCUUCUUCUCUCUUGCAGAUGUUCCUGAAGGCCCUGCUGCCUGUCUUUGCCCCCCUGGGUCCGGUUCAUCAUUAUCUUCUGCUUCGCUGGAAGUUGGCUCCAUCCCACCCUCCACCUCCACCUCUUCUUUCCUCCUGCAUCCCUCUUCCCCUCCUCCUCCUUCCCCACAUCCUCUAGAGCUGGAACUCAGCAAUGUAAAAAAAACGCUGCAGAGUUUGAUGGAUUUGCAGUUCCAUCAGCUGAAUGACCGCCAAAGAGACCUCCGCAUCUGCGAGGAAUGUUUGCAAAACCUCAAGGCACUGAGGGGAGAGCUCCGAAGACUGCAGAGCAGACUGGCAAGUGUGGAAGCCACUAUUGGGAUCCUGGUUCCUCCAAGGGAGCUGGAUGUUGAGGAGGAAAAAGAGGAAGACAAAAACCAGACAGUGCUUCAUCCAUAGGUAGCAAUAAAAUGCUGCAUAUUUAUUUUAAAAAUAUUAAACAUUUGUUUUAAUAGGAUAGGAUGUAGAGAUAAAACAGCAAUAGAGCAUGCAUAUUUACUGCUUAAAAAUUAAAAAGUUGAUUUAAA